CUUUUCAGAAAACAUCCAAGCUCAUACCAUGGAGGAAAGCUUUCCUUUUCAUUUAAUGCUCGCAGACAUCUUGUUUUCUCUCUUGUCUCUGGUCUUUUUCCUCGUGGAUGUGGUGCUGGACCUGUGGGCUGUUGCAUGCCUCUAUGAAGAGCAGAGAUACUUCUCUAUGGGACUGUUGAUAUUUCUUUUGCUCAGUUCCUCGGUUCUUGUGCAGCUCUUCAGCUGGCUCUGGUACUCUGAUUCCUCUGUAACUCUGGAGACCAAAGUAGAGAAAUUCAUCGUCAGACAUGGUUUGCUGGCUCCAGUGCACAUCUUCCAGCUCGGAGUCUUCCUCAGGUUUGUAGUCAUCAUGGAGAUCACAAUCUGCAGAUUUAAACAGCGUGACCUUUUCCUGAAGGGGGUCACCAUAUACAUGAAGCAUGACCUCAGCAUGCUGCGUCUGUUUGAGGCGUUCUCUGAAAGUGCUCCACAGCUCGUCCUGAUGAUGGCUCUCAUCAUAGAGAUGCAGGAGAUGCAGUCCUUUGCAGUCAUUAAAAUCAUGGGCUCUCUUUCCAUCCUGACCUUCAGCAUAUUGGCCUACCAUUGCAACAUGCAUGCAUUCGUCCCUGAGAACUUUAAAAUGAGAUGGUCGUCUUCUGUUAUCUACUUCCUGUGGAACCUGUUCCUGAUUGGCCCACGUGUCGUGUCUGUGUCCCUCUUCGCCUCCAUCCUGCCCUGCUAUAUUGCCGCUCACUUCCUGUCCCUGUGGAUGCUACUGGUCUUGUGGGCCUGGUGGCAGAAGACAGACUUCAUGGAAAGUAAAGCUGGAGAAUGGCUGUACCGGGCCACUGUAGGCCUCAUCUGGUACUUCAGCUGGUUUAAUGUAGUGAGUGGAAAUAUGAAACUCAAAGGAAUCAUCUACCACGUGGUUAUGGGGGCGGAUACAAUGCUGCUGUUAGGAUUAUGGUGGUGGAGGAGAUCUGAGGAAUCAGCGCGUCUUAGUCCACUACCUAUUAAUCCCUACCUACUUACUGUUAUGUUAAUGGUAAUCUACGUAGUAGGAGUGGCACUGAAAUUGAUUUAUUAUUGGAAGUUUCAUCCCAAUAAAUCAGAUUUUAAGAUGAAUGUGAGAGAUGAGAAGUUACCGAAGAAACCAGAAUCAGAUGCAGAAGGUUAUGAUGCAGAAAGGUUGGAGGCAGACUCUAGUGAGACCCCUGAACCUGAGGGUACAGUUUUAGCUCCGACUCAAAGAAUCGUAAGGGGCAUCAACAAAAGGAUAAGAACCAUGGCUGGGAAUUUCUAUGACUAAACUGGAUUUGAGUUCAGCAAACUGUACAUACAGUGCCUUGCAAAAGUAUUCCCCCCCCCCGGCUUUUUAUCUAUUUUGUUACAUUACAAUCUGUAAUUUAAAUGAUUUUUUAAAAUCUGAAUUUUAUGUAAUGGAUCUGCACAAAAUAGUCAAAGUUGGUGAAGUGAAAUGAGAAAAAAUAUAUAUUUUAAAAAAUUUUAAAAUAAAAAACUGAAAAUUUGCAUGUGCAUAUGUAUUCACCACUGGCGGCUCGUUAAUAGGGGCAAUUUGGGCGAUGCACUCCCAAACAGGGAGGGAGAUUAUUUUUUUUUUAUCUACUCCUACUACCAACAGUCAGUGCGUUUACAUGCACAUAGACAGAAUCGAAUUUCUGCCAUUGCUCGACUGAAAUCGAAGUUCAAAAUGCCAUGUAUACACCUUAAUUCGGCUGAAAUUGAACUGAACUUGAUUUCUCGGAAUCGAGCUACACGACCUAGAUUAUGCGAUUUCUGCCGAGCUACUUAGUGCAUGUAAACCCUAUUGAGCUACGUAUUCGAGCUACUUACUUCAGCACCGCCCCUUCCGGAAGUGACGAGUGACGAGACCACAAGGGAAACACAACAGCCUCGGUCGGCAUGACAACGAAUCAUGACAACGGCAUGAAUCUUUUCUUUUUGUGGCAUUGUUUGCACUGUUAAAAUUUAGCUCACUUACUGUAUCACCAAAUGCAUCUGUACAGAUGUUGCAUAGCUGUGAAUUGUGUACAUAAACAAGUCAUUGUAUUUGU